UCUUGGAGCAUCUUCCCGGGGCUGCUCUCUGCGGUUUCUGCUCCGAACGAUGCUCUGCUUCUGAGUGCGUCCGCGGCUGCCGUGCACAGCCGGGGGAUGACUCUCCUCCUCCUCCUUCCCCUGCUGCUGCUGUGUCAAAAGAUUAACAACAGACCCCGACGUUGCGGGAGGCGACAGAUCCAGAUCCGGAGCUUCUGAAAACACCACAGAGGUUAAAAAAAAAAAAAAAGGCAAAGGAAGGGACGGGGACAGCUGCCACAUUAGAUCGGCGCAGAGGAGGAAAUCUUUUAUUUUUACCCAAGUCUCUUUUAUUUUUAUUUUUUAUUUGGAACUAGAAACGAUGACUUGUUCUCCUGGAGCCUGAGUGUGCUCCAACACCCGGACAGUGACACUUUUAUCGCACCUCAUCAUCCACAUUAACAAGGACUUUAUUGGUCACAGACCGCUCGUCUUUUUCUUUGCUGUAAAUCAGAGCAGCAGGACGAUUGAGCCGGAGCGCAACACGAAUGGUUUGGGCAUGGUGCCCACGCCCCAGGUGUGCGUAUCAACCCUGGUCACAGUGAGCACGAUGGCAGUGGUGGACCUCUACCUGCUGGAGCAGAGCAUGCUGGGAGCUCGCGGCCUUUCGGGACCUAGCGUGUGGCAGUACGUGGCAGUGUUGCUAGGUGAUGUCUGCUUCCUGCUCGCCCUGCGCUUUGUCUCAGCCGGCGUGGUUUCUGAGGCGCAGUCGCCACGCCGCGGGUUCGCCAACGCCCUCUGGUUCUUGUUCCUGUCGCUCCUCCAACUGAAGCUCUUCUUCGUCUGCCACAACUACAGGCAGGAGCGCCGGCCGCCUGACCCGCUGGCACGGAAGACCCUGACGCUGCUGCUGUCCAUCUGCCUGCCCUCCCUGUUUCUCAUCUUGACGGGCGCAGACCACAUGACUCCACAGCGCAGGAAGCAGGAGGUGAGGAGUCGGCUCCUGUGGGUCGUGGUGGACCUGCUGGAUGUGCUGGACCUGCAGGCAGGGCUGUGGGAAGCCCAUGGUGGAUCUGGAGGGGUUGUAGAGCAGAGGCUGCCAAUUUGGGCAGAGGGCCUGGUCUUCUUCUAUUGCUAUGCCCUUUUGCUGCUACUGCCAUGUGUGGCCCUCACAGAGCUGGGGGCCACAGGCCUGCCAGGACAGAGGGGACCCCGUAAGGAGGCUCUGUACCCUUGGCUCAGCUUGGUCACCAUUAACAUCUUCACCCUGGCCCUGAGGGGAACAGGCAUGCUGUGGUACAGAGACUCCCGUGUGUCUACUGUGUUUCUGGGGAAAAACCUGCUGGCGUUGGCUGUGAAGCUGAGCUCAGCCUGGGAGAAACACAAGCAGGAGCGCGGUGCAGCAGGAGCUGGAACUGUAGCUGGAGCAGAACCAGGAGGUUCUACGGUGCCAAGUCAGAACUCGGAGCAGGAAGAGGGCCAAGCCCAGGGGAAAGCUCCUCCCUCUCAUUAUCACACACUGCCUCGCUCUCAAAGCCACAAUCUCUCCCACGUCAGCUUGGAGCCCACAGCAACAUCCUUAGGACCCUCUUUCAUCUCCCAUGAACUGUAGAAAAUCAAUCUGAACAUGCAUGCAGAAGUAUUUGUACGCACAUCUCAAAAUUACAACUUAGACAGGCUGCGCCGGUUGGCCAGUAUCACCUCCCAACAGAUAACUCGAAUGGAAUUUCACUACAACAGCGGCGAGUGCAACGCAGGGCUGUGGAAAUGCAUUU